UGUAUAUUCCUAUAUGUGCUGUAUAUAGUGUCUGCUGGGGGCUCCGUACAUUGCUGGGUCCUAUAGAUCAGUCCUGGGGUCUCCUCUAUACUGUGUGUAUAUAUAAUGUAUAUUCCUAUAUGUGCUGUAUAUAGUUUCUGCUGGGCGCUCUGUACAUUGCUGGGUCCUAUAGAUCAGUCCUGGAGUCUCCUGUAUACUGUGUAUAUAUAAUGUAUAUUCCUAUAUGUGCUGUAUAUAGUGUCUGCGCUCCGUACAUUGCUGGGUCCUAUAGAUCAGUCCUGGGGUCUCCUCUAUACUGUAUAUAUAAUGUAUAUUCCUAUAUGUCCUGUAUAUAGUGUCUGCGCUCCGUACAUUGCUGGGUCCUAUAGAUCAGGCCUGGAGUCUCCUGUAUAUUCCUGUAUAUAGUGUCUGAGCGCUCCGUACAUUGCUGGGUCCUAUAGAUGGUCACUGGUGGGCCUGACGUUUUGGUUACUAGAUUUCUGGUUUUCAUCGUUUGCUCGCCCUCGCCCUAGCAGAGGUUACAACCUUGUGUGAUGUCAUCAGUGUGACCUCAGCAGGAAUUACUGCAGCCCCCAGUAAGGAUCACAUAGUUAUAACCGCUGUCCUGGGUCAUCGUUGGGGCGUAACCCUUAGUACAGUCUUCUCUUACUAGAUAUCUUGCCUUCUUGCUGAUGGUUUCUGUAGCUGGGAACAUUGCUGACUGUUUCUCUUUCUCCUCAGUCUAUGAGUGUGACCGUCCACGGAGACCUCAAUGCCUCUCACAGAGUCGCCCUUCAGCUGCCGCCUGCUUGAUGGUCUGUUUUACAUGAGUUGCGUUCUCGUCUUUCCAUCAUACUGGUUCGUUGACCGUCUGCUGUCCUGCGUGGUGUCCACCAGUGAUGAGCGCUCCCAUGGAUCUGCCCUGAGGAUCCUGUGCCUGGUGUUUGGGGCGCCAUUGUUCCUGCUUCUCUUCGUGCUCUCUGUACCCCUGUGUGUUUUUGGUCUUCUCCUAUGGGCUCCUCUCCAUCAGGUUCGCCGUCCAUACAGUUAUCAGCGAUCUGUGGAUUCCCAGGAUCCUCCAGACAGAACCAUCACUGGUGACUGCUCCUUCAUCUUUGUCAGUGCCAACCUGUGUCUCCUGCCGGACGGUUUGGCCCGCUUUAGUAACCUGAGCCACACACAGCGUCGUGUUUCCACCAUCUCCAAGCUUCUGUGUGCUUCUCCAACGCUGGAGAAUGGUGAGGACUCACUACCGAUCUGCAGUGCUGAGGAUGUCCUUCCCAUGAUGGAGAUGUCUCAUAAGAAGAGCGCAAGAGAGGACGACCUGUUCGAAGUGUCUGUGGAUUUUCCUCAGAAUGCUGACUUUAUAUGUCUACAGGAGGUUUUUGAUGGACGAGCCUCUCGGAUACUUCGCCGGUGCCUUGGUGGUUCUUUCCCCUAUAUCUUGUAUGACGUGGGCCCCUCAGGACCUCAUAGUUGCAGCUUCAAGUUCUUUAACAGUGGAUUAUUUCUGGCCAGCCGGCACCCGCUACUUCAUGCCAAGUACUAUAUCUACCCAAAUGCACGUGGGGAGGAUGCGCUGGCGUCCAAAGGCCUCCUAUGCGUUAAGGUUCGCCUGGGAACCACAGAACAGAAGCAAAGCAUUGUGGGAUACAUAAACUGUACCCACCUCCACGCUCCGGAGAGCGAUGCCACCAUACGCUGUGACCAGAUGUCUCUGCUCCUUCAGUGGGUGUCUGACUUCCAGGCUGAGAACACUCAGGACGGGGAACUUGUUGCCUUUGAUGUUCUCUGUGGAGAUCUGAACUUUGACAACUGCUCGUCAGAUGACUGUCUGGAGCAGAAGCACGGCUUAUUUUCCAUUUAUAGAGAUCCGUGCAGAGACCGCGCAGGACGAGAUCGUCCUGGGACCAUAGGGACCCUACUCCGACAGGAGUUUCUGUACCAUGAAGCUGUGAACUCUCCAGCCAGGCUGAAGAGCACCCUCCAGUCAGACAGCGAGCGCCGGCUUUAUGUUGCGGCACCAUUACCUCAGGAUGAUGGUGAUGGACAAUGGACGGGACGACGCAUCGAUUAUAUUCUGCAUCGGGAGGCGGACUCUCUGCUACCGGUUGUUGUAGAGAAGUUCCAGUUCAUCACACGAUUGGCCGGCCUGUCGGAUCACGUCCCUGUGGCCCUGCACCUGUCCUCCUCGCUCCCAGAGAUCACCGCCCUGUGACCGGCUCCAGUGGGCACCCCUGGACCCACGUACUUCACUGACUCUGAGGCACAGACCUCACUGAUGCCUGUGGUGAUCUCUGGAGGCACAGACCUCCCUGAAGCCCGGUGGGGACCUCUGGACACAUAGACCUUGCUGACAUCCAGUGGGGGCCUCUGGAGGCACAGACCUCCCUGAAGCCCGGUGGGGACCUCUGGACACAUAGACCUUGCUGACAUCCAGUGGGGGCCUCUGGAGGCACAGACCUCCCUGAUGCCUGUGGUGAUCUCUGGAGGCACAGACCUCCCUGAAGCCCGGUGGGGACCUCUUGACGCAUAGACCUUGCUGACAUCCAGUGGGGACCUAUGGAGGCACAGACCUCACUGAUGCCUGUGGUGAUCUCUGGAUACACGGACCUCACUGAAGCCCAGUAGGGACCUCUGCAGGCACAGACCCUGCUGACAUCUGGUGGAGACCUCUAGAGGCACAGACUUCACUGAUGCCCCGGUGUGGACCUCUGGAGGCACAUAACACCUGGUUCUCUGGGUUGGACUCCUGGAACUAUGUUGUCAAUGAAAUAGAUGUAUUUGAUAUGAGGUUUAUUGCUCAGCUUCCUGUUGCAGGGACAUAGGGGCCACAGGGCUGUCAGUGUGAUCCUCCUAGCACCAGGACACAUCCUUGAGGUCUCUGCCCCUGGACCCCCAGUGGAGCCUUUAGUCUAUCCUUCUGUCCUGUCCAGUUUCUCCUAGGCAGAUACUGGAUAAUGGCUGACUUUGCAUCGCCAGUGUGGAGGAGAGGGAGUCACCCAACUUUCCCGAGGCUCUGAAAAACCUAUAAACUGUUACCAGCAUCUACAGUCAUAGCAUCCCUUUGUACUAUCCUCUGUGUCAGUCUACAUUGUUCUGGUAUUCUGUUCAGAGCCACCCCCAGUCCUGUCCUGAGCGGGAAGCUUCAUUCCAUAAACUAAAUUCUUUGUAUAAUGA